UAUUCCUUUUCACUCUCCACGCUCCACACUCUUCCCAUUACCGCCCGCACCGCAUUUCUGCAUUUCUUUCUUUCUAAAACCCUCCUCUGCACCAACACUCGCCGGAAAAAAUAUUUCUCCAACAUUUAAUCACCAGGAAAAAUGCCGAUGAUAUCUCAAACAUCAAGUGCCAUCAUGUUGUCGUUCAAAGUUCUGCUAAUAUCCACCAGCGUUUUAUCUACGGCGAUUAUGCUGAAAUUUUCUGUUCCAGCAAUCACGGAUUUCGCUGUUUCUCAAGUUCCUUCUAUCUACAACGGCCUCGUUUCUUGGCUCAGGCCGCCCUAUUUGUACCUCGUCAUCAACUGCAUCAUCAUCACCAUCGUUGCUUCCUCCAAGCUCCAGUCAAGGAAGGAUGAAGUUUCACUGUCGCCUCCUCUGCAGCCGUUGGUUGUCAUGGGUCAGGUCGAGCCGCAACCUGCGGCGCCGCUGCCUGUUAAAAGUAUCCCAACGGAUUAUUCAGAAGCGGAGUACAAAUACAACGGCGUCGUGUUGAACGAGUCCAGCGGUUACGAUGUGAAGGUGGAGAAAGGAUUAGAGUUCGACACGUACGAGCACGUGGAUGCGAGUGGAAGUACAAAAAGUGAACCGGUGUUUAUUGCUAAUGCUGCUGAUGGUGGUGUCGCUUUUGCGGAAGACGCGGCGAGCAAUAAGGAGAACGAGUAUGUUAUUGCUAAAUCGUCGUGGAAUAUGGCGGAGAGUAGAUAUUUAACAGAAUAUUCUCCGUCAAAUGUUAAGCCGCCGGUUUCUGCCAGGUUCGGUAACCGGAGAAACGUUAAAACAAGUCCUGAAGGCAGCAGAACAGUGUUGGGAGUGGCAAAGCCCAAGAGGCACGACACACUGGAGAGCACAUGGAAGACGAUAACUGAGGGGCGCGCAGUCCCGCUGACCAGACACUUGAAGAAAUCCGACACCUGGGAGCGGGACAGCCACCUCCAUGGCCACCACCAGCUGCUGGCGAAGACUACUCCGGUGAAGACAAUGACAAAAGCAGAAACCUUCAAUGAUCGGACCAACACUCGGAGCCCAUCUUCUGGUGACGGGGGGUCGGGGAAGCUGAAGAGGGAGGCGUCGUUGAGCCAGGAUGAGUUGAACAGGAGAGUGGAGGCGUUUAUCAAGAAGUUCAAUGAGGAGAUGAGGCUUCAGCGACAGGAGUCUCUUAACCAGUACAUGGAGAUGAUCAAACGCGGCUCGUAGUCGAGGGACAUAGCACGAAAUUGGGAGUCGGGACAAAUUUUUGGGGAAGUGGGUUGGAUGAGAAGAUCGGUAAUAGGAGUUUUAUAUAUAUAAGGUUUGUUGUGAAUGUGAAUGCACAUAUAUAGAGAAACUCUCUCUUUGAGAAAAUGAUGGGGGAGUUGGGGGAAAUCACUGGAGAGUGGCACAAUUAGGAUGUUUCUUCAUGUUUUACAGCAACACUUCUGUGGCAGUUUUAAAUUCAUUUCACUUGUUUAUUAUUA